GUUCUCCGUGAUGGAGCGAUCGAGGAGAGCAGCAGCGUCGGCGGCAGCAGCGGUGGCGGCGGCUUUGCGGAGCUCGCGUCAUUUUUAGCGCGACUGCGCUCCCCUCCACCACCCCACAACAAAAACACAGUUGUGUCGCGCGGUCUCCCGCGUGCUCGUGGCAUGGCCUCAGCAUGAACGCCGGCGAGCAAAGCAUCGUGGCCGAUUGGCUUCGCACCCUGGGGCUGCCUCAGUACGCGGAGAGCUUUGUGGACAACGGAUACGAUGACCUGGAGAUCUGCAAGCAGAUUGGCGAGCCCGACUUGGAUGCCAUCGGCGUCACCGAUCCAAGGCACAGGGACCGCGUUCUCCAAGCCGUGCGCGUUCUGCUCGAACAGGGCGGCACCUCGGUGUACUUCACCCUGGAGGAAGCCGCGAGGCAUUCUCGCGUCUCGGCGGCAUCGGCGAGCGAGUACGGCUUCGACGACUGGGGUUCGCCGGCGCCGGACAAAGCUGCGGUGCGGCCGGAUUCGCUUCGCUACUUUCAGGACGAGUACGAGGAGGGCAAGGCCGAGCUGGUGCGCUUUCCCAAGAUGCAGCUCAAGAUCAUGGUCAGGGAGAAAAUGGUUCGCGAUGGGAUACGCCUCAGCAUGCAGCCGUACAGCAACCCGGAUGGCAGUCGGGGAGACCUGGACGGCCUCGCGAGGCGCUACGCGGAAGAGCUGCGGACGCACUUUCAGGACGUUCUCGAGAGACUCGAAGAACUCCGGAAGCGACGAGUGGCUGCCGACUUUGCUCAGCUUCCGGACGAUAUUACCAAUAAUUUGGGCUAUAGGGCGCCUCGGUAUUACAGACCUGGCAAAUACAUGCCUUCAAGCUGCGUCAACGACCCCGAAGAUGAGUGCGGCGGCGUGGUGGACCCCUACGGCGUCUACGGUGUCCGCCUGGGGCCCUUCGUGGAGAGCACGGGAUCUCCGCAGCGGUGCCUAAGUCCUCGGUCCAAGUAUUUCUACGAGCCUUGUCCCUUCUCUGCGUCCGAGUGUCGUGAUGGAGGUGCUGAGUCCGGGCGCUCCAAGAAGGCGUCUGGCGGCGGUGGCGGUAGUGGUGGCGGCGGCACCGGCCUGGGCCGCCUCUUCCGCACCCUGGGCAGCAAGAAGGAACGCUGCAAGACCUCGCCGCGCCACCUGGCCUCCAGGCUGAGGCCGACCGCCGUCGGGUCCACGUCGGCCUGCCGGCAGCCGGACGCCGCUGCGGGGCAGCUGCAGUGGGCCGCCGCACCGGAAGUGUCGCCGCCGUCCUCGGGUCUGCAGCAGCCGGGCCUGGAUGAGGAGCUGCUGACCGACGAUCGCUGUCUGCAGCUGAUGCUCGCCGUCCGAGAGGGUCACAUGACCGGAGACCAGGCGCUGAACAGGAUUCGCCAACGGGGCACGCUGCGAUUUCGCAACAACCGAAACCGCGAAGAGUUGCUGAAUGACCUUGCCAGGGGCAUCGCAUGGAACCAAGGUGGCCCCAAGAAGGCGCAGGCUAACGCGGUCUUUUACACAGACGGUUUGGGCCCGGCGUCCGGCUGCCUGGGACCGUGCCGUGGUCCCGCGGGCUUGUCCGCGCCCGCGCAGCCCAUCUACUACGAACCGCCCGAUGCGGUGGGGCUGGUGGCGACGGGGUCGCCCCUGCGCGCCGCCGCCGUGGUGGUGGCGGCGCCGGGUUCCUCGUCUUCUUCCUCUUCGUCGUCCGUUCUGGUUUCCGACCGAUGCUGCGGCACCGGCACGACUAGCACCGUUCCGCGGUCCAACGCCAUCGCGUCGCCCUUCAGGGCGGCCAAGCCGGUCUCGGACCCUGGUCCGGCCACGGCCCCGGUCUACGGCUCCACCACUGAGGUAUGCGACGGCAACUGCGGCAACAUCAUGUGCAGCGUCCGCGCGUCCUCGGACAGCCCCCCGUCGUCCGAACCGUCCACGUUGCUGCCGCCCGGUCACACCACGCUGCUGACGUCGUCCAAGGCGACGUCGCCCGAUGCCCCGGACUCUGUCAACGACGAUGACCACCGCGGUUGCGAAGGGGACGCGAACGCCGGCGGCGUUAACGCCAAGCGCGACGACGGCGGCAAGCGCGACGGUUCUUCCCCCUCGGCGGACGGCGCCCAGCGCACCGUGCCGGACGUGGCGCACGACAGCGAGCUCAAACGCGCCGCGCUCGCAGCAGCCGCCGCCGCCGCCGCUGGCGCUGGCGACAAACCAGCUUCCGACGACGUCCGCGCCACGACGUUUGGCGCUGCGGUCGGCUCGGCGGCGGUGGUGGCGGGCAGCGUGACCGGCGCUCCGAGUGUCGAGUCGUCGUCUGCCAACGUCAGGGUCGUCACGAUGCUGGGCAAGCUUCGGGGACGCACGCCGACGCGCAACAGUUACUGUGCCAGUGAGGAAGGACAGUCCCAGUCUUCAGACUACGAGGACCAGGAGGAGGCUGAAAAGCAGAUGGGAGAAGCCCAAAAAACUCCAGACCAGCAGCUCAGGAACACACUUGUAGGACGGGUCAGGCAUCUCCACAAGGAUGUCAAGAAAAAGAUAUCUCGGUUCAGGAACAGCCGGAGCUCUGUGGAUGGGACGAUGGAAGACAAGGACCUUCCGGAUGAUAUCCUUCAACCCGGAAGCUCUGUGGAAAGCAUUCCCAGUGGAUCUGUGGGCUCCCGAUCAAGCAUACAGGCACACACUCCCACCAGCAGCAACAGGAGCUCUUCCUCCAUCGGCGAAGAAGAGUGCAACCCACAAUGCUUCGGCCCUUUCGUUGGCCGUGCACGUGCCCUCGUGGACUGUGUACCUUCUCCUUAUGACAAGGAUGGCCUUGCAUUCAAGAAAGGGGAUAUUAUAGACAUCCUGUCUAAGAACACAACAGGCACAUGGGUUGGUGUUGCGAACAAGAAGGUGGGCCAUUUCAAGUUCAUUAACGUAGAAGAAAUUCCGACGGAAACAAAACCACGAAAGCGAAGGUUCCCGAGUGUACCGAAGCUAGAGAAGAGGCCUGAAUCCCUGGAGGAGUUGCUCGGAAUGUUUUCCCUACAGAAUUAUGUCAACGUAUUCAUGCUGCAUGGCUACCAAGAUCUCGACACCUUCAAGGAAAUAACAAAGGAAGACCUGGAGAGCUUGGGAAUCAAUAAUGAAGACCACCAGUUGCAAAUCCUCAGGGCUGCCGAAGCACUUCUCGAACAUGAUGGUGAAGUCCUCGGUGAGUACUCGGAGGUGCCUGCCUGCCCCGAACUUCCACCUGUCAAGGAAGGGGAUGCAGACCUAGCUCUAGACAGUGUAAUCAAUGAUCUCGACAGCGUGCCCAGCGCAUUCCAGAAUGACCGAAAGGCAUUCACAGUGACCAGCGACGGUGACUCUUCCUUGAACAAUGGAAGCAACCUCUUGCGUUUCCCAAUGAACAUCCCCGUGCCUGAACCGGAUAGCCCACCCGCUUUUGCAACAAGGUGUGACGACACGAAAGAGAGGGCAUUCAACGGAACCAACACCCCCCCGCUUCCUCCGUCGAUCGUCAGUGCGGCCGUUGAGCGGUUCGAGCUGCGUCGAGCUUCGGCUGACUGCAUACGAAAUCACAUUCCGAAGAGCCUGCAGAACGUAUUCCGCAAGUUGAGUGGCAACGGAGGCGAUGACGACAGUCGUUCCGCUUCCUUUGAUGACGAGACGCUGGCCGAGUCUCCUGCAAAAACGUCUUACGGCUCGAGCUUUGCUCGGAAGGUGAAGGCAUCGGCCCUCCUUCGAAGGGACUCCCACGACCCUCGCAAGGCCAGUGAUAGGAAGGGAAGCCUACACAAUGUUGAGGAGACAGCAGCAGCGGCGGCGCUAUCCCUGCACAUGUGCAUUGAACACAAGCUAGCUGCGGAAGGCAUUGACCUAUGCCAGGAGCCUUACACAGACAAGAUUGGCUUUUGUGGCAUACCGCCAGCCUUGGUACAGCGGUACUCCGAGGAACUUCAAAGGGAUAUAGCAGAAACUGCAGAAGCCCUGGACAAGAUUCGCAUCACAGAAUUGGAUCGCAUAGGCAAGCAAGGGGUACCCAAUGACUUCCUGGCUGACUCCUGCCACGGCACCAGUGUGGAGGCCGACUACUCGGGCGGCCUACGGCCCUGGCUCGUCUCACUCGGCCUGCCCAUGUACGAACCCCUGUUCCUCGAGGCCCGACUCUGCGACCUGGCGCGCAUCGCCCAGCUGCAAGAGCAGGACUUGCGGGCCCUGGGCAUCUCCAACGUGCGGCACGUCCGGCACCUGGCGGCUGCCAUCGGUGCGCUGCAAAUGGAGCAGAGCCGCUACGGCCUCGAGCUGCGAUGACAGCUCCUGCAGCAGUGGCACGCCACUCGCGAGCAGGUGGCGCGCACCUGCCAACGCUUGUUGUCCAGCGGGAGCGACACCAGGGCGCUGUGGCGGCGGGCUUCGUCACCGUCGUAGAUGCGAGAGGGUGGCCGGUACACCUUCUCUGUGUGGGGGACAGUGGUCGGUGACUGUGUACCGUGAACGGAAGCAGAAAACAUUUUCGGCCACUGCGGCCCUUGUUUAGGAGAUGCCAGAACAGAGUGUGGUAUUCAGUGUAUGACUACGGUGCACAAGAUUGCUCCCUGCGUUGUGAAAAGGCGUUAGUUAAUUUCAUGCUUGCCUGCUGCCACGGCCUUCAACAGCAUCUCGUUUCAUCGCUGUAGGCUCAGAGCAUGGCUACUGCAGUUUCUUGUGCAAUGUUGGUCAGCGACUACUUAGCAACUGUGGACAAGUGCCGCAUGGCUAUAAUGUCCAACUUCUUAGAGGUGCUGGAAAUAAGCGCAGUAUCAAGUCUGUAGAUGCCAGAAACGAUAUCACGGCCCACGUGCGCAACUUGAAAUCGAAAAGUGUGCUGAAAUUUUUUUCGCAGCAAGGUUUAAAGUGCAGUCCGCACUUCCUGCAUGGUGGGCCUAGGCCACUCAAAAACUAGCUUUUCUUUCAUGACGCCUGUGUUCCAAUGACAUCUGCUUGAAAUAUAACUAGGCCAUAUGUGAGAGCUUCCUGUUCUGCAAAAGACUAACAUAGAGCUAUGCUCUUUAACUCGCGGCCAGUGAUACGAUCUCGGUCUAGAAGACCGGUUGCAUAGAAGCAAAUUGUUCCUUUAUUUUCUGUUGCUUUUAUUGAAUCAAAGACACACACAUUGCGAGAGUUCAUUGAGCACUUAACAACCCUUGUCACCAGACACGUAUAAUUUUAAAAACACUGGUGCUUUACAUACACUGCGAUCACAACAUCCGCACUUUGCCCAAAAAUGCCAGGUUGAGUAACAAGACAUGCAAGUUGCAGCACCAGAGUACAGGGGGUGCCACUAUAAAAGGAAACGCAACUGGCUCAUGUCAGUGCGUUUCCAUUGUUCACAUGUGGUUUGUUUACACGACCGUUCUGGAACGGAAAGACCAAAUAUACUGUUAUUCUUUCAAACCUUAUUUUUGAUGUCUAUGAUUGAGGGUGUUCAAGCUGCUCAUUCAACUGAAUCAACCACAGCUGUUACAGUUGCUGGCAUAACUUUUUGGAACUCUGAAACCAUAAGAAAAUGCAACCUUUUUGUAGCCCGGUCAAACGACGUGAAACUCCGAGGUACGCAGCCUAGUUUGCACACACGGACACACAAACAAACACACACCAUUUCCCACUGUAUGCUUAGAUCGCAAAAAAAAGUUUUAAAGUUUUUUUGAUGGCUCCUAUGUUCUCUCAAUUUUUCUGAGCAACUGGGCCCGGCCUUCGUCAAAAGAAACGUGUGUGACCACAGCUGAUUCUGCAGUGUCUAGCGAACCUCCUGUUGCAUCUGUACAACUAGAAGAGCUCCCCGGCUUCAACAGGCCGAGAUUUCUAACACUAGGAGUUUCGUGGGUGGACCAUGGCAAUCAGAACUCCCAGUAUUCAUGCCACUUGCGGCUUUACUUCUUUUGAGAGGGACUGUGCAUUCGUGUCAGGAAACCCAAAUUUAUACUUGUAAGCAUCUCAUAUUGUUUACCAACCAUUUUAGGUGCCUUAUAUGGCUCAACAUGCUAUGUUCUUGUCCAUGGCCUUGUUAGUUUCUCGCACAUACCCUGCACCUAUUAAUUUCCUGGUAAAAUUUUAUUCUUGCUGGUAUAUGUAAGCAGAUAUUACAUUUUGCAUGCUGCAUCUAACUGGAAAAUUGUUCAAAACACAAGGUGGAACCAGCCUUAUGCUUCUAUACCCGCAAUACACAAGUACAUGAUCAGCGACUGAAAGGCCAAGGAGUGUCUUCACAUUUUAGGCAACAGUGACUGCAUUGCAUGUUUCAAGGCCGAUUCGAAUCUAAAUCGCUAGUUCAGUGCCAGUUUUUUUUUGCUCGUGCAGAACUGGCAUGGCAUGACCUGCAAGAGCCCUGCCCUACCUCUCUAACAAGUACAGCGAAUGUUGUGUACUUGUGCACGAAGCCUGCACUGUGUAUGAGUAAUGGCAACAUGCAGAUAUCACCAUGUUGAACUGGUGAAACAACUCGUAAAGAUGCAGCGCCUCCUUGACUACUUCAAAAAGUGGCGGUGAAUCUAAUGGACUUUCAGUGUCACUGCUCUCACAGUGCCAUUCAUACAAUUCUGUCUUGGGCAAGAAGCGCAAUACAAGCCACAUGUCCUUUAUUGCAUUGCAGCUUUCCUUGCCUUGACAUAUGUGCAGUAGGACAGCAAAGCCAAGUUAAAGGAAAUGUGCCACUAGGUGCUUUUCUUUUAAGUAAUAUUGGCUGAGACUUGCUUCCUAGCACCAUUCUGCCUUCGAAGCCAGCUCUCGGGCUUUGAAUGGAAAGAGUGGCUGUCAGGAAAACGGGCCUUGCGCUGCAGUACACAAACUUUUGCUGCUUGUCACAACCAUUGUGCAUUCAAAUUGACUAUGCACACAUUCUGCUAGAAUGUGUGUGUUACACAUGCUUUUACUUAUAUACUCAGCGAUGUGUAAUGACUGCAAGCCAGCGCCUUCUAAAGUGCUAGCAAAGCACACACUUGUAGUGGGCUGAGGCACCAUGGCAGAAGCUUUAAAUCCUGUGUCAUUUGACACCGUGGGUGUGAAGUUGGAAAGCAGAAGUCAUGAAUUUGCACCGGGUGAUGGCUAGAAAAUGGUCAUUACUUCUGGCAUCUCGAGAGCAAUACUCUUAAAAGGAGAAUGUCAUUGUUUGUGUGGUAGAGAUGACUUUUACCUUGCUUGCCAUUUCCAUGCUGUGGUCAUAACGUGCCAGUCUCUCAAGAGUCAAAAUCAUGUACCACCAGUACAUGUCUACUGUGUGCGUCAUGCCAUGUAGCGUAAACAUUGCUGUAUGUCAACUCUUGAUGCUCUGCUUCCGAUUUUGCGUUCCUAAGAUUACCAAAGUGAUAAAGCUCUUUGUGAGAUUGACCCAUUGCAUGUUUGUUGUGCAGGGCAGUGUUUUACAAUAAUGUUGUAAAUAACAAAAAAAUUGCGCGCAUGAAAGGUAACAUGUGCCCAUGAUGUAUGUGUGUGUGUGUGCAUAUGUACAUGUGAUGGUUAACAGUGCACACUGAAGGAAUUGUCGCACAAGAUGUUGCAAGAAUGAUCCAGGAUGGGCUAAUAUGGGCUGUCGUUGCUGCCAGUUCAUUCACCUUGGCGCACUGUUAGGCCUCCCCUUUGCCAUUAUGUUGUUUACAGAGCAACAGUUUUUUUUUUUAGCGAAAUUCUUGCAUUAGGUGUGCCUAGGGGGCUAAAGAAUUAUCGGGCAGCACUAAUGUGACAUGGAUAAGUGCAACUGCUGUUUCGAUGUUUGUGCUUUUGAGAUUUGUGAAUUAAGAAUUUUUCGAAAGAAUGCAUAAAUCACUCUCAAUAAUUAAAGUCCAUGAAGUGCUGCAGUCCUCAGCCAUCAGUAGUAGUUACUGCCUUGUGCAUUUGUCUAGUCAAGCGUAAGGUACUUCUCACAAUACUGAAGCUGUAGACCUGGUCAUGCCUGGUGCUUCCUUUGUGCACUUUCAAUACCAACGUGGAAUCCACUCACUUCCAGCAGGGAAAUGUAAAUAGCGCUGUAAAGAAAUCAAGUCAUGUCUUUCUGUGCCCUGUACUUUACCAAGAUGCCGAGAUAGCUGUUAUUGUAUGUACAGUAAAGCUCCUGUGAAUAAACUAUGUUUUUAAGUAUA